AUGAGUUGUCGAAUCUAUUUGUUAUUAUUUGUAGUAUUUAAUGCCAUGCAACCGCAAUGUUGUCAAUUAAGCGCCAUCGCUGAGCGAAAUAAACGCUGGGUACCGGCACUUUUAUUUCCGCCGACCAGCCCGACGCGAGUGCAGUAUAUAGUCGGUAUUGGUAUACCCCUGGAGGACUUAAUGUACGAGGCUAUGACCACCGGUUAUGUACUCAAGGCUGAAUAUUUUCUACCCGAUAACGUAACGAAACUAUUCACCAUAACACGCAUGCCAUUUACGGCACGACAAAUGACGAAAUUCGAACGAUUCCUGGCGCAGGCGGAUGAGUGGAAGCGUUAUGCAACUUGGGAGCAACACUUGACGAAUAAUCGUAAGGUGUUGUCCAGCUACAGAUGGUCCAUCUACAAAGCGCUUGAAGGCUUAGCAGAGCGGAUUGCACCUUCGGGACGCGAUUGUGUGUUGAAGAGUAUUUGCGAGGCCGCAGAGACGCCAUUUCAUUACGGUAAUGGCUUAUUUGGCGAAUUGUUACACAUACUACUAACUCCCUCCUCUUCGGUGGAUGAAUUGUCAAAGCAUGCGGAUAAUGAAUACUUCUAUGCUGAGUCGAUAGGUCGCACCGGCGCGGAUUGCAGAUUGGUUUUUAAGGGGUGUAAGAAAUCAUUGUUGGAACAUUUUUCUAAUGUGAGCACUUUCAAAGAUAUAAUUUUGAAGCAGUUGGGACAAUUUGGAUAG